UCAUCCUAGCUGGUAACCAGAGCUGCAGCCAAAGCUAUGAACUGGUCAAGUGUGUGACCUGUCAGGGGUCCUUGGGAGGGUUUUCUUCUCGGGGGUUUGUGAAUAAAGGCUACAUCCUUGGAACGAGGCCCUCUGUUGCUCUGACAAAGGAGGAGCCAAACACUCAAAGACCUUCAUUUAUCGCCAAGCCCCCUUUUAUUCUCGUAUUUUUUCCCCCCCUCAGAGGAAAGUAGAUGAGAGCAGAACCGGAGACUUGGGGAAUCCAGUGCUAAAUGUGUGUAUUGGAGAGGAUAUAUUCUUUUGGCUUUUGAUGCGAUUAUUAUUGUCUCGUUUAUGUCAGUGAUGUUAAUAUAGCAGUAAAACAUUUUAUUAUUCGAGACACACACAAAAUGCUCAUGUAACUCCACAAUUAUGUAUGUGACUGAACCUAAAUUUAAAAAUAGCAAAGCUUCUUUAAAAAUUCCGGUGAGCAAUAUUUAGGCCAAACAUAUUUAGACAGACCAGUGUUGGAAGCUUAUUAGAAGGAUCUCUUGCUAAUGGUCUCCAAGAAUGAGCCUAAAUCCUUUGAGGGUACCCUGUUGUUACUGAAGGGGCUUGAGAGAUGCAAGAAACAUAGACUGUUCAUCGCCAUGAGAUGCUCUCUCUCUCUCCCUCCUGUAGUAUGGAUCAAUUCCCUCUUGCUUUCUUGUUACUACAGGACUAUUUACAAUUUGUCACAAACACAGCGCAGUACAAAGAUCAGGACCUUGUCGGAUUAAAACCUCGCAGCUGCAAUGUCUUCUGAAGGACGGAGGUGCAGGGUAAUGUCAGCUAAACGGCCCUAUGUGUUGCUGUGAAUAUCAACUUGUGCUUAGCGGAGAGGAGCGUUGCCAUGGUGAUUGUUUCCAAUUUCUCUCUCGGAAUAUAAAGAACAUCAUUUAGAGUCGUUUGUCACUGAUGAUAUGGAAAGGAUUUCGAACUUCCUAACACAAUGUCAGAGAUGUGCUGAAAUCAAAUGAAAACAAUAACAAUGGAAACCUGCAGAGUCCCUAUUGACAGAUCCUUUGGGACCCUCGAUGCCCUAGGUGGUGUUCCACUUGUUUACUGUUAUGCUGAUGUGGUUUCUGAACACCCUUUCUGACUUUGUGUUUGCCUCUCUUUCUGUGUUUCUGUGUGCUCUUGUUCUGUGCUGCUGCAGUCUGGCUGAGGAGGAGAUAAAGACAGAGUCUGAUGUGGUAGAGGGGAUGGAUGCGUCUGCACGAUCCAAAGUCCCUGAUCCACCCGGGUCAGCAGAGCGAUCACUGGCACCACAGAAAAGAAAGGUGUCAAGUCCCACCCAUUCCUCCAAUGGACACUCUCCCUCAGACACUUCCCCCAGCCCACUCAAGAAAAAGAAGAAGCCUGGGGCUCUCAGCAGUAACAACAAAGACCAGUCAGAGCUAAGACAUGGUCCCUUUUACUAUAUGAAGCAGCCAGCACUCACCACAGACCCUGUUGAUGUUGUACCGCAGGACGGCAGGAAUGACUUCUACUGCUGGCUGUGCCACCGCGAGGGCCAGGUGCUCUGCUGUGAGCUCUGCCCCAGGGUGUACCACGCCAAGUGCCUCAAACUACCAGCUGAGCCUGAGGGCGACUGGUUCUGUCCAGAGUGUGAGAAAAUAACAGUUGCUGAAUGCAUUGAAACCCAGAGCAAGGCGAUGACGAUGCUGACAAUAGACCAACUCUCGUACUUGCUCAAAUUUGCACUCCAAAAGAUUAAACAGCCAGGGACAGAGCCUUUUCAGAAGCCUGUGUCUCUGGAACAGCACCCAGAUUAUGCAGAGUACAUCUUCCACCCCAUGGAUUUGUGUACUUUAGAGAAGAAUAUUAAAAAGAAAAUGUAUGGCUGUACUGAGGCCUUUCUUGCUGAUAUGAAAUGGAUCUUACACAACUGCAUCAUCUAUAAUGGAGGUAAUCACAAGUUAACAGCAACUGCAAAAGUCAUUGUCAAGAUCUGUGAACAUGAGAUGAAUGAGAUUGAGGUGUGUCCAGAAUGCUACCUGUCCUCAUGCCAAAAAAGGGACAACUGGUUUUGUGAACCAUGUAGUCAACCUCACCCCCUGGUCUGGGCUAAGCUAAAGGGCUUUCCAUUCUGGCCAGCAAAAGCACUUCGAGAAAAGGAUGGGCAGGUAGAUGCACGAUUCUUUGGACAACAUGACAGGGCCUGGGUCCCAAUCAACAACUGCUACCUCAUGUCCAAAGAGAUUCCUUUCUCCGUAAAGAAGACAAAGAGCAUUUUCAACAGUGCCAUGCAAGAGAUGGAAGUCUACGUCGAAAACAUUCGCAAGAAAUUUGGGGUCUUCAACUAUGCUCCCUUCCGCACUCCCUACACGCCCAACAACCAGCUGCAGAUGCUACUGGACCCUUCCAAUCCCAGCGCUGGUACGGUGAAAACAGAGAAACCUGAUAAACUUCGCUUCAACUUUGAUAUAACUGCAUCUCCAAAGAUGGUCCUCAGCAAGACUUCCACACCCAGUGGUAUGAGUCGGAGGGUCUCAAUGACGGACAUGCCUCGGUCUCCCAUGAGCACCAACUCCUCGGUUCACACAGGGUCUGAUGGGGAGCAGGAUACAGAAAAAGCCAGCAGGAAUUCUGCCUUCCACUACAGCACUGGAGAGGAGUCAAUGGACUGUACUGCAUCUCCUGUCUCAGGGAAGAUGGGUCCUGCUGGCAGCAUGACAGGCAGCCCGAAGCCCUUUAACCCCGGACUGGCGCCCAAGCAGGAGAGGACUGCAGCCACAGGCGGCAUCCUUAAUCUUAACCUUGACCGAGUCAAGGCUGAGAUGGAUCUGAAGGAACUGAGUGAGACUGUGCAACAGCAACAGCAUCAGCAACAACAAGGAGCGUCAACUGCCCUCCCAACCCCAAAGAGACCCAUCAGGAGCCUGGACAAGACUAUUGAAAGCUGCAAGGCACAGCUUGGGAUAGAUGAGAUUUCUGAAGAUGUGUAUAAAGGUGUGGAUCACAGUGACACUGAGGACUCUGAGAAAUCUGACUCAAGCGACAGCGAGUAUCUCAGCGAUGAGGAACAUAAGCCAAAGAGCUCCGCCCAGGACGAAAAGGACAAAGCAGACAGAAAAAGGCCCAAAGCAAGCACAAAUGGAGAGAAUAAGGAGGGAGUUACCGGGACAGGGGAUAGAGCCACCCCUGAACCCCUGCUUAAAGAGAAGCAGGGUAGCAAUGGCCCAGAUAGGGACCCUCAAGAGAAGCCCAGAACGCCCCAGACUCAGCCCCUCACUGAGAAGCCCAAGACCCCAGAGGAGGGUAGAGCAACUGCUGCCACAUCAGUGGCUGAGCAAGACUCUGAUUCAGAAAGAGAGCUGGUGAUUGAUCUGGGGGAUGAACACGGAGGCCGUGAUGCUAAGAGGGCGAGGAGAGAGGCGGGGGCUUCUGUAGCCAAAACUCUCAAAGAGUCUAACGUUGCCAAGUUGGAAGGUAAACAACCUUCAUCUGCUGCAGCAGCUGCACCAGUACGGGAAGCUGCCUCCAACCUGAAAGACUCCUUGCAACCUGCUAUCACAGCAGCCCUCAACCUUGUUUCCACUGCAGCAUCUGGUCAGCCCAGUGCCACCUCAGCUACCAGCGGUACCACCAGUGCUCCUUCUCCUGCCUCCACCUCAGUUUCCACAACAUCCCCAGCACCUGCUGCUGUAAAGAAACAGCGCCCCCUACUGCCUAAAGAAACAGCUCAGGCUGUGCAACGAGCGGUAGUUUGGAAUCCCACCAAGUUUCAGACGUCUUCUCAGAAGUGGCACAUGCAGAAGGUGCAGAGGCAGCAGCAGCAUGGAGAGCAGUCAGCAGUGCAGACAAGUGCACAAGCCCAGACUCAGGCACAGACACGGAGCCCACAGCAGCUGCAGUCACAACAGCAGAAUUCCUCCUCAAGUACCCGCUAUCAGACCAGACAAUCGGUCAAAGGGCAACAAAAAGACACGCCUCAGAAUACUUCCUCAUCAACAUCUGCCCAGGGCUCAUCGGGUAGCUCCUCUUCGUUCAUGUCAGGAGACGUGCAGAUCCCUACAGUCUCAGCCGAUGUGGCUGCUGACAUAGCCAAAUACACAAACAAGAUUAUGGACACAAUAAAAGGGACAAUGACUGAAAUCUACAAUGACCUUUCCAAAAGCACAUCAGGAAACACAAUUGCAGAGAUUCGACGGUUAAGAAUAGAGAUUGAGAAGCUUCAGUGGCUGCAUCAACAGGAGCUGUCAGAGAUGAAGCACAACCUGGAACUGACAAUGGCAGAGAUGAGGCAAAGUCUGGAGCAGGAACGAGAACGGUUGGUGGCUGAGGUGAAAAAACAGACAGAGUUGGAAAAGCAGCAGGCGGUGGACGAGACCAAAAAGAAACAGUGGUGCGCCAACUGCAGAAAGGAGGCCAUCUUCUACUGCUGCUGGAAUACCAGUUACUGUGAUUACCCGUGCCAGCAAGCCCACUGGCCAGAGCACAUGAAGUCCUGCACGCAGUCAGCCACAGCAUCGCAGCAGGAACCAGAGGCAGAACCCAACUCGGACCCCUCAGUCAAAUCAUCAGGUCACUCUCCUGCCACACAGACCCUGCCCUCAGCAGCAGCAUCCAUAUCAGACAAAAGCAACUCUCCCACAUAUAUGGACAAAAGCAAGGACAGCGCUGGCGUUACUGUGACAUAACUGCUACACUACACUCUUGUACACUUUGCAAGGCCGCUGUGGAGCUUGUGGCGUCAAAAUUGGUGCUUGAAGGCCUGCAUCUCUGUGACAAAUCACUUUUUUAUUUCUCCAUUCCCAUAUGCUUUGUGGACAUUUUGGGUUUUUCCAUUAUUCACAAGUUUCCAUGAGUUCCUGUUCAGGUGGGCUCAUCAUGUGAAAGUAGUCUGUCUUGAGAAAUAAAUGUGAGUCUGUAUGUUAUCAUACUGUAGUUUUAUGUUAUAACUCUGUUACCACUUUGUUUCAAUUCUGAACAAGAUUGUAUCAACCCACAAAAUAUUUACAUUAACACUUUCAAUGCUGCUCUCAAGUACUUCAUGACUGUUAUUAUUUUGCUGAGAUCUCUCCAUUCUAUGAGACAAAAAGUUUAAAACAGCCAGCAACAGCUUAUAUUCCCUUCUCACGGUGCCAUCAGAGGUAUUUUGAGUUAUGCAAAUUUAAUUUGUUUUAAACUAUGUCUGCUUUAUUGUCAGCUGAGGUGAUUUGAAUGAUGUACAUUUAGUUUUCGACCAUGUCCUCUUCAUGUCAAUGGCAGAAUUUUUGGCUCAUACCAGUUUUGUAUUGUAGUUCCACAUUGUAUAGGCCUACAUAAAAAAGUAUCUGUGAUUUAUUAAAAAGAACUAAAAAAUUAAACUGUACAAAGUUUUUGUAAGAAGAAACCUGAACAAUAUUUAUUGUGUUAUAUGUUUUUAUAGUAUGUUUAAUGAAGUCACAUUUCUAUGUGUCUAAAAAAAAGUUAUUUGAAAAAUAAAUUUCACAUGAAUGUCAGCACUGAGCAAAGUCUCUGUUAUCCAAAGCUGAUUUAAAUCCUGGUCAGACUGUGUCUAAGAACUGGGUAGGCAUCAAUAGAAACUGCAUUUUGGCUGGAUAUUAUUUCCUGUGAGCAUGUCUGUUUUGAGCUUGUGUCUCGUUCUUGUUUACAUAUUGUAAAUACAAUAAAUGGACUCGUGAAGAAAUAAAAAUGCUCUGAUCAAGUUGG